GAACACUGAUAGGUAUGAAUUUAUCAAAACUAGGAAUAAAUACGAACUUCCAAUCUGUAAAUUCAUGUGGAGAAAACUAAUCGAUCUAUUUAUUUUGUACUUGACAAACUUCAUUGUUAUGCAGAGUUAAGCCCAGAUUGGCUAAACUGCUAUCUCUGGGUAAGGCGUUAAAAAGGGGUUAAACAUAUUUUGAGUGGUGGUUAUUAGAUUGAGAAAUGCAUAAGAAUUUGGGCGUGUUUUCAAUCAGGAAGGGCUUAUUUCGGGUAUAUCAAUACGUAACCAAUAUUUGAGAGCUGAUUCUGAAAACUGUCUUCCAACAUGGCGAAACUGUUGAUUUUGUACAUUUACUUCUGUCUUAACAUUGUGAAAUACGCUUCCGGGCACGGAAGAUUGUGGGAGCCCCCGGCAAGAAGUACCCUUUGGAGAAGGGGGUUUCAUACCACCCAUAACUACGACGACAAUGCUCUAUUCUGCGGAGGAUUUUCGGUUCAGAUGAUGAACGGUGGUAAAUGUGGAAUUUGUGGCGACCCCUUCAAUGCACCGCAGCCUCGGGACCACGAAGCAGGAGGAAAGUAUGCCUCCGGUAUCAUAACGAGGCACUAUACCGAGGGGCAACUAAUCGACGUCGACGUGGAUAUCACAGCAAACCACAAGGGGUGGUUUGAAUUCCGACUUUGUCCAAAUAAUGACGUAAAAAAAAUUGCAACCCAGGCUUGCUUCGAUAAUAAUCUGCUAAAGUUUGCAAAUAAUUCAACAAGGAUGCAUAUAUCUACUGCAGUCGGUAUGCACCACGCUCAAUUACAGCUACCACCCGGUCUGACGUGCACCCAGUGCAUCUUACAAUGGAAAUACCACACAGGAAACAGCUGGGGCGUUGAUCCCUCGGGAAAAGGAUGUAUAGGGUGUGGCUCCCAGGAGGAAUUCUAUGGUUGUUCUGAUAUAGCUAUUGAAAGCAAGAGUGGAAACCAAGCGAAUGCCGUCUCAACCGCAAAAACAACAACGACAAAACGACCUACAACAUCAACGACGACAAAACAACCUACAACAACAAAAAUAACAACAAGCACCACGACUCCGACAACAACAAGCACUACAACUCCGACAACAACAAGCACCACAACUCCGACAACAACAACAGUGAAAGUAACAACUCCAACGACAACUAAAACCACAACUACAACAAAACCUACAACAACCACAACAGCAAAACCGAGCACUACCACAGCAACAACAACGACGACGACUACUACAAAAAAACCAAAAACAACAACAAAACCAACAUCUCCUUCAUCUACAACUGCUGCUUCUAAUGGCAGUGGUGCUCGUCCCGUUCCCGGGGGAAUGAGCCGCAAAAAGAAGUGCGGACCUACCUACGUCUGGAAGAAGACACCGGGCAUGCAGCAGUGGUGUGAAACGAACUGUCGGAUGGGAUAUUGCCCAGCGUCACACUGUGUUUGUGUGUAAACUCUUAUU